UGCAGAUCCAAGCACAAGGGUAGAAACCAUCCUGGACCAGGCAGGUCAUCCCCAUACAUAACUAACUCCUGAAGCUUCAACUAAAGGGUUGAGAUCGCUUUUAUCUGCACAACAAAACAGUAGGCAAGGAAAAAUCGUAUCAGAAAAUCACAAUGUUAUCACAUUCUGCCAUGGUCAAAGAGAGGAAACAACAAGCAUCAGCCAUUAUGGAUGAAAUACACAGCAAUGGUGUAGGGUAUGCAUUAUCAGGCAUUUAAGAAAAACCAAGGUAUGUAUUUAUCCAUUGUAUUGCAGUUUCACCCACCUUAAACCUUGGAAAAAAGGUCAGCACUCCCAGAGAUAUCAUGGUAGAGGAACUAUCGACACUCAGCAACAGAGGUGCAAGACUCUUCAAGAGACGUCAGCGGAGAUCUGACAAAUAUACAUACGAAAAUUAUCAUUAUGUAGCAAACAAGCCAAGAAAUCGCGGAGAGCCCAUACAGAGUGUUAAAAUGGACGGCCUCAGUGUGGAAGGAAUUCCCCAGCAUGCCCCGAUGACACCUCCUAAUACACCUGAUCCCCGGAGCCCACCACACCCUGACAACAUCGCCCCAGGAUAUUCUGGACCACUGAAAGAAAUUCCUCCUGAAAAGUUCAACACUACUUCUGUGCCAAAGUAUUACCAGUCUCCCUGGAUAGAAGCCAUUAGGGAUGACCCAGAGCUGCUGGAAGCUUUAUAUCCUAAGCUUUUUAAACCUGAAGCAAAGCCAGAACUGCCUGACUACAGGAGCUUUAACAGAGUUGCCACUCCCUUUGGUGGUUUUGAGCGAGCAUCAAAGCUGGUUAAAUUCAAGGUACCAGAUUUUAAUCUACUGAUGCUAAAUGAUCCCCGAUUCAUGAUCCUUGCAAACCCUCUUGCUACCAGAAGAUCCUUCAAUAGGACUCCUAAAGGAUGGACAUCCGAGAAUAUUCCUGUAGUGUUCAUUCAGCCUUCGGAUUCCAACACUGUUCCAGAAACAGAGGACCUGUGAGAGAAGCUGCACUUUACAUCAUACAAAAUGCUGAAAGCUGCACAUCUGUGUAUUUUUGGUCCAAAUAUUACUACAGGCUACUGACGAAGUUUUUCCUUGGCAGCUGGAGUAUAAAUAAUAAUGUCUGUUGCAGUGACUCUUUUCUGGAGCCUGGUUUCAUCUGUAGACAUGAUAUAAAUAAAGUUUGGCAA